AUGCAUCUUGUUCUUGCCGCUCUCGUGGCGUUCGUCCCCCUCGUUCCCCUUUCAGCAGCCAGGCAGAACUGCCCUCUGUAUGGCCCCUUACUCCCCCGGCCAACGAACCUUCUGCAGAGUCCUGUUAUCGCCAGCGUGGCCCAGACCCUGGAUGAUGUCUUUUUCAAGAACAUCGACAAUGAUACCAGCACUGGCUCGCCAUACUUCUCCUAUGCGGUCGAGGUGUUUACGGGAAGUGAGGACUUGCCGUUAUGGUCCCAUUACUGGACAGCACCAAAUUUGGGCUCGUUUAACUCGAGCGGUGUCACCGAAGUCGACACCAACACCGUCUUCCGGAUCGGCAGCGUCACCAAGAUCUUUACGGUGCUCACCUUCCUAGCAACGGUGGGUGACGGCAUAUGGAACGACCCGAUCACCAAGCAUCUGCCCGAGAUAGCGGAAAUCGCCGAGAAUGCCUCUAGUUCGCCCAUAUUCACGCCGGAUUGGGAGUCCAUCACCAUCGACGCCCUGCUCGGCGAACUCAGCCAGCAACUGCCCAUGGCCAACCUAUACAACAUUGGCUUUCCUCCUCUGCCCAACUCCACCUUUCCGCCCUGCGGCACCAACCCGACCUGUGAUCGGAAACAGCUAUUUGAGGGGCUGGCCAAACUGCCGCCGUCAUUCGCGCCCUUCACGACACCGGCGUACUCGGAUCUGGGUUUCGUGUUGCUGUCAUACGUGGCCGAACGCAUCACGGGCAAACCGUUCAAGUCCCUGAUGACAGAUGCGGUGCUAACGCCCCUGAACCUCGAGCACACCUUCUACGACGAGCCGGUUGAGUCGGUCAGCAUCAUCCCUGGGACGAAGCGUAAAACGACCUGGGGAGGAGAACUGGGAGAGGAAAAGGCGACCGGCAACAUGUACACCUCGACAGGCGAUAUGUCGACCCUCGGCCGGGCGAUACUGAGGUCGUCCCUGAUCAAGCCAGCCAUGACAAAGCGGUGGCUAAAGCCGACAUCGUUCAGCUCAGACCCCUUGGCGAUGGUUGGCAUGCCGUGGGGCAUCCGACGAAUCGAACUCCAGCAGAACCAAACGUAUCAAUUCGUCCACACUUUCAACAAGAUCGGCAGCAUCGGCUCGUACAGCUCCCUCUUCGCUCUCAUUCCCGAACUCGACAUCGGCAUCAGCGUCCUCGCAGCCGGCGACGCACCCGGCGGCAUCACCAACGCCAUCGCCGAAGCUCUCGCCAACACCUACAUCCCCACCCUCUCCAACCUCGCACGAGCCCAAGCCAACGUCACCUUCUCAGGCCACUACCGGCACGCCAGCCUCGCCGGCAACACCACCACCACCACCACCGGCGCCCCUUACAGCAACAGCACCACCCCACCCCUCAACUCCUCCCUCACCAUCUCCGUCGACCCGGUAGCCCCAGGGCUCAACGUAACCCACUGGCUCUCCAACGGCACGGACAUGGGCCUACUCGCGCUCGCGCUCAGCAGCAACGUGUCGAGCGCGCUGCUGCCCCACCUGCGGCCCUCGGUGCGGCUGUACCCGACGGGGCUCGAGGAGGCCCGGGCCGACGGCGGGCGCCGGGUCGCGUUCAAGGCCACGUUUGAGGACGUCAGUCAGCCGGAUAGUGAGGGGGGUGGUGUGUUUGUCACGGACUGUGCUACCUGGGUGACGGUUACCGCGACGGUGUACGGGUCGGUGCCGUUGGAUUUGUUUGUCUUUGAGGUCGCGCCCGAUGGGAGGGUGGAGGCGGUUGUUAAUGAGGGGUUGAGGGUGAGGAUGGAGAGGGUUGGUUAG